GGAAGUAAAUCGAUUGUAUAGUUAUAAACAUUUUCAGAAGGUGGACGAAAGUGAAGAUGAACACCCACUUUUCUCCGAUCAUGCCAACGGCUGCGCCACCACCACCCCCACCACCACCAGCACACCCAUUGCGGCUGCUGCUGCAGCCACCACCACCAUCAUCAAAAGCCGGAAGGGAUGAUAUAAUUAAAUAUAUACCCCUAUAUAGGGCGUUGGUGAACGGGGAGUUGGAAAGAGUGAAAGCUUUCCUGGAGAAAGAUCCAAAUGCAGUAUAUGCUAACAUUUCCACAAAAGGGGAAAAACCGAUUCAUAUUGCUGUUUUGCACGGGCACGAGAAGUUGGUGGAGGAACUUUUGAAGAACAUCGAUGCUAAGAGGUUAAGAAUCCUACAAGAUGAUAAUGGGGACACAGCACUUCAUGUUGCUGCCAGGGGUGGAAACAAGAGAAUAGCAGAAGCAUUAGUUAAUGCAGUACAAUUUGCUCAUUUCAUGAAUAAAUAUAAACAUAUCCCACUCGCACUCGCUGCAAUUCACGGUAACAAGGAAUCAUUGGAGGUUAUACGUCGGAUUCAUACUCAGGUUUUUUAUCAAGCAGUUAAAGCUUUUGUUGCGAGUAAGACUCUGUUCAGGGAAUUUAUUGAGAGCCAGAACUUUGAUUUGGCACUGGAGCUCUGGGAACGACGACAAAAUUCAGCUGCGGUUAACCGGUUUUUGGAAGAGAACUUGCAUAGGAUGGCAAAAAUGGUCUCCGCAUUCUCAAGAGAAAAUCAACUUGGAUAUUUUAAAAGCUGGAUGUAUAGUUAUAUUGAUAUGUUACCAGUUAGCUUUGAGGAUUCCAAAUCUUGUCCUCAAUCCAUUUCCAUAGUUCAGUCAACGGGUGUGGAUAUGCAACCGGUUAACGUUCAUACUAAGAGCGAUAUAGAAAAGCAACCUGAGGAUUCCAGAUCUCAUCGUUUUUCCAGAUUCAAAGAUAAACUUUAUUCAACAGGAAGCACUGUGAAAAGAUUAAUGUCAAAGGUUGCUAAAACAACAGGUAUUGAAGAAAUAUUGAAUAUGAAAAAAAAAGACAUCCAAGCCCGACAAUUACUCAGCAAGAUGUGUUCCCCAAUAUGGACUUUUGAUUUUAAAUACAUUGAAUUAUACUUUGAGGCAAUAAAAGUAGCCAUCAAAUGUGGGAAUGUUGGAUUUGUUAAGGAAGUACUGAGGUCGAAUCCUACUUUAUUAUGGGGGGAUAAGAAAAAUCAAACCAUAUUUCAUAUUGCAGUUGCUUGCCGUCAAGAGAAAAUAUGGAACCUCAUAUAUGGUUUGACUACUGAACAAAGAAACAAAAUCUUGGGAAUUCUAGUAGAAACGAACAGCAUGUUACACAUAGCUGCAUAUCCAUUAGUAGUUCAACAUGAAGGUUCAGAAAAACAAGCUGCAGAGCAACUAUUACGGACGGUAUUCGUUAAGGCUCCAGGUGCAGCUAUGAAAAUGCAGAGAGAACUACAAUGGUACGAGGAGGUGAAGAAGAUGGUACCAUCUUCAUACAAGUUUCUUCCUAACGAGAAUGGAGAAACUCCUCAAGCUUUGUUCUCAAAAUGGCACUCUGAUUUAGUCAAAGAAGGAGAAAAAUGGAUGAGAGAUACAGCAACAUCGUGUACAAUUGUGGCCACUCUCAUUGUCACUGUUAUGUUUGCUGCAGUCUUCACAGUACCAGGUGGCAUUGAUGAUUCAGGGAACCCCAAGUUCCUACAACAUAACUCCUUUAUAGUUUUCGUUGUAUCAGAUGCAUUAUCUCUAUUCUCCUCAGUUACUGCAGUGUUAAUGUUCCUAAGCAUUCUCACUUCACGCUUUGAGGAAAAAGACUUCCUCAAGGCAUUACCCAACAGAUUGAUAAUUGGUCUUGCCGCCCUUUUCUUGUCUAUUGCCACCAUGAUGGUAGCUUUUGGUGUCACUCUUGUUAUUGUGAUUGGCAAACGGAUAAGAUGGGCUGUUGCUGUUGCUCCAGUGGCUGUGCUUGCUAGUUUCCCAAUAAUCUUAUUUGCUUUACUGCAACUUCCCCUGUUUGUCGACAUGGUCUUAUCCACCUAUGGAGGUGGUAUCUUCAACAGGAAAACAAAAUGUUCCUUUUUCAACAACCCAAAUGACGACUAUGUUCCUCCACAACCCAAAGACAGAGUUGAUACACAAUGAUUGGGGUAUGAUUAUGUCAUUUACAUAUAUAAUUCUAAUCGUGGUUCAGUAUAAUCACUAUUUGUAAUUAUAAUUAUAUAUGGAUGAUUCUUCAAGCAGAAUAAGAAUGUGCUUAUAUUUCUGAAAGAUGAAAUGCGUGU